CUGCCUCCAACAAGUCACUCCAGCUCAAGCAAGCUACUCCAAUUGCGACCAAGAUGAUGAUCAGCAAGACGAUCUAUGCAUUGUGUGCGGCAGCUGUGGCGUUCUCUGGUGGUACAGUGGAUGCGACGACGGAGGCGGCGGAGACGUUUGGCUGGCUAUUGCCGAAGAGCCAGAACACUGACGGUGGCUACGGAGGUACUAGUGUCGGCACAGACGGAUAUGAAGGCGCGUCCGCGGGGAUAAGUGGAUAUGGCGGACUGUCUUUUCUAAUGGCACUUGGCGGUCUCAAGGCUGGUGCUGGUGGCUACGGCGCUACGGGCGUGGAUCUCAACGCAAAUGCUGGUCUCGGUGCACUUGGUUACGGCAAUGCCAACGCCGGCGCCGGCCUCAAUGCUGGUGCCGGUCUCAACGUUGGUGCUGGCCUCAACGCUGGUGCGGGUCUUAACGCCAAUGCAGGAUUGAAAGCGAACGCCGGACUCAGCGCUGGUGCCGGACUCAACGCUGGUGCCGGACUCAACGCUGGUGCCGGACUCAACGCUGGUGCCGGCCUCAAUGCUGGUGCCGGUCUCAAGGUUGGUGCAGGUCUCAAUGCUGGUGCCGGUCUCAACGUUGGUGCUGGUCUCAAUACCGGUGCGAGGUUUAGCGCCAAUGCAGGAUUGAAAGCGAGCGCCGGGCUCAACGCUGGUGCCGGCCUCAAUGCUGGUGCCGGUCUCAAGGUUGGUGCUGGUCUCAAUGCUGGUGCCGGUCUCAACGUUGGUGCUGGCCUCAACACCGGUGCGGGUCUUAACGCCAAUGCAGGAUUGAAAGCAAAUGCCGGACUCAACGCUGGUGCCGGUCUCAAGGUUGGUGCCGGACUCAACGUUGGUGCUGGCCUCACCGCCGGUACGGGUCUUAACGCCAAUGCAGGAUUGAAAGCGAACGCCGGACUCAACGCUGGUGCCGGACUCAACGCUGGUGCCGGACUCAACGCUGGUGCCGGCCUCAAUGCUGGUGGCGGUCUCAACGUUGGUGCUGGCCUCAACGCCGGUGCGGGUCUUAACGCCAAUGCAGGAUUGAAAGCGAAUGCCGGAGUCAACGCUGGUGCCGGAGUCAACGCUGGUGCCGGCCUCAAUGCUGGUGCCGGUCUCAAGGUUGGUGCAGGUCUCAAUGCUGGUGCCGGUCUCAACGUUGGUGCUGGUCUCAAUACCGGUGCGAGGUUUAACGCCAAUGCAGGAUUGAAAGCGAGCGCCGGACUCAACGCUGGUGCCGGCCUCAAUGCUGGUGCCGGUCUCAAGGUUGGUGCUGGUCUCAAUGCUGGUGCCGGUCUCAACGUUGGUGCUGGCCUCAACGCCGGUGCGGGCCUUAACGCCAAUGCAGGAUUGAAAGCAAAUGACGGACUCAACGCUGGUGCCGGUCUCAAGGUUGGUGCUGGUCUCAAUGCUGGUGCCGGACUCAACGCUGGUCCCUGCCUCAACGUUAAUGCCGGCCUCAGUGCUGGUGCCGGUCUCAACGCUGGUGCUAGUUUGAAUACUGGUGCCGGCACAAGUGUGAAGAAGGGCACCAACACGGACAGCUACUCGAAGGGAACGAGUGCCAUCGCUUCGUUAGCCCCAGAGAAGACAGCUAACCAAGCUUCUCAGAUGGCUACUCAGACGUCCACGAAGCCCAGCACUUACCGCCACCUGCGCGCGUAAACUAGGAAUGAUGGUCAUCCUUUCCAAGUCAGAAGAACGCCAUCCAUUACACUCGUCCGAUGUGUCGAGACAUUUACCGCUCCGUGCGAUACCAGUCCAAUGAAUGCUUUGUAGUAGUCGUCAUUUACGACUUUGAAUGCUUUGUGAGUUCAUGACGCCUUUUGUACGAUCAUUGUUCUUGUCACUAAAUACCAGGUUUUGUAGUAGUCGUCAUUUACGAUUUUAAAUGCUAUGUGAGUUCAUUACACCUUUA